UUAUUGCAACGUUGGUGUGAGACCGCACUCAAGCUAUUUCGUCGUCUGUCCACGUGAGGGACGGGCUCACACGUGUAAAUUUACGGAUUGAUACCCUGUACAUACCUGCGAUCAAGACAGGCAACGAUGACCAGCAGUGUGGUGACUUGUCUGGCCUGGGUGCCGAGAGGUGUGGCUAAGGCUGUGCCGGACAAGGUCCAGGUAGAUAAGGAGGAGUUACAGCGUCUGAUAAAGGAGACAUCCAACAGCCUGAAGGAGCUGGAGGAUGAGGAGAAGGAGGAGCAGGAUGUGGAGGAUGUUGAGAUGGAGGGCGGGGCCACGGGAGGGGAGGAUGCAGAGGAUGACCUGGCAGAGUUUAACUUAGACAACUAUGAUGAUGAUCCUGCGGGAAGUCUGAUUGGUAACCUGGCCAGUCUGACGGUGUACGCCAGCAAUGAUGACGACCCUUACAUCACUGUAAAGGAAGAUGCGGAGCUAGAAGAAGAGGAGAGAGAAGAUUUCACCAUCAAGUCUUCAGACAACCUGGUGAUAGUGGGGAGGGCAGAGGAAGACUGCAGCAUUCUGGAGGUCUACAUUUACAAUGAGGAUGAGAAGGUCCAGUAUGUCCACCAUGACCUCAUCCUUCCUGCCUUCCCAUUGGCUCUGGAGUGGAUGAACUUUGACCCUGGGGAGGACAAACCAGGUAAUCUAGUAGCGGUGGGUAGUGUGACUCCAGGUAUCGACAUCUGGGACCUGGAUGUGGUGGACAGUCUGGAACCAGUCGUCACGUUAGGCUCUCACAAGAAAAAGCCCAGCAAAAAGAAGAAAAAGGUUUCAGCCCCACCCAGAGUUGGUCACACAGAUGCAGUCCUGGACCUGUCCUGGAACAGACUAGUUAGGAAUAUUUUAGCCAGUGCAUCUGCAGAUCGCACAGUUGCAUUGUGGGAUCUGUCCCAGGGAAAACCUGUUACAACGUUAUCCCAGCAUAAAGACAAGGUACAGACAUUGGAAUGGCACCCGUUUGAGGCACAGUCACUUCUUUCUGGGGGAUUUGACAAACACGCCAUCCUGUAUGACUGUCGGAGUCCAAAGGACAGUCACAAGUCCUGGGUUCUGAGUGGGGAGGUGGAGAGGGUCAUGUGGAACCACUUCUCUCCCUUCCACUUCCUGGCGAGCACAGACGAUGGUUUUGUUUAUAACGUUGACAUCAGGACAGACAAGCCUGUUUUUACAUUAAGUGCCCAUCCACAAGCGGUAACAGGCCUGUCCCUCAGCAGUGCUGUACCAGGCUGUCUGGUGACAACAUCAAGUGACAAGACACUGAAAGUCUGGGACAUCCAGGACAACAAGCCUGCUCUCAUGUUUCAGAAGGAGAUGAAAAUGGGUGGUCUGACGUGCGCCCGAAGCUGCCCGGACUCCCCGUUCCUGUUUGCCAUGGGAGGAGAGAAGGACAGUCUGAGGGUGUGGAGUGUCAUGGACAGUGGGAACACAGCAGUGCAAACAAGAUUUGAAGGCAGACCCAGACCACAGCUCCCCACCCAAACACCAUCAGAGAUGACUUCAGCUGACCAGCCAGAAAUGUAAAUUAAUCUGAAGGAUGCCACAAGCAGUGCUGAUCACAAUGUUGACAUAAAAAGGAGGGCAGAUCAACUAAUCGUCAAUGCAACAUGCAUUUUGUUGUGCUAUCCUAGACCUGCCACUUUUUGCCACUCACUGCCAAAGCUUGCACAUGAUUCUUUGGUUUUGGACAGAUGCAGUUGGGUAUGUCCAACUUUUAGAAGAUGAAAAUCUUCUAUAGAGUCGAUUCGGAGUCACCGAGAGGGCUUUGAAAUAGUAUUUGUAGUAAGUUUGAACUAUUCUAAGUAAAAGAAUAUUUCAGCCACUGAAGUUCUAAACUGUUCAAACAAUUGAAAAUGAAAGUUUGGACAUGUUUGAACCUAUCUAUUUAUGUUGGAAACAUUCGGAAAUUAAUUAAUAUGGUA